CAAACUUUAUGUUGCGUAGGAGCUAUUCCUUUAGCAAGGCAAGGUAAGGUUUUAGCUGCCGCAGCAUUACGUUUAGAUGAUAAAAGUGCCAUCGUACGUAAAUACGCGUUACAAUUACUACGUGUCUUACUUCAAGCCAAUCCUUUCGCUGCUAAGUUAAACAAAGAAGAAAUUUCCAAGUCGUUAGAAAAAGAAGAAAUGAAGUUGAGAAACAUGCAGACGAAAAUGGUUAGCAAAAGUGCUCGCGGUGAUAGUCAAAGAUUAGAACUGUGGAACACUCUGCUUCCGGAAAUAAGAAAAGCAUUAAAAGAAAUUAGUAACGAUACAACGGAAAAAAGUAAAAAACGAGACAAAGGUGAUGAGAGUGAGGAAGAGGAAGAAAAUGACGACGACGAAGAAAACUUUAAUCCUGAUACAGCAUUUGAAAAUGUUAGACAAUUAAUGUUAAAAGGAGAGAUUUUUGUAGCGGUGAAAUAUUUGUGGAAGGCUUGUAUGAAAUUGAAGCAAAAUCCAAAUAUGAACAAAUUUUCUUUCGAAGCAAAAGAGGAAUUUUUAUUUUUACUUUUAUUGAAAACGUUUAUGGAAUCGGAGAAUAACGAAAAUAAUGCGCAAGUAAAUGCAAAUACAACGCAGUCAUCGGACAAAGAUAGAGAAAAACAGGAAGUAGAAUCGCAAAAACGACUUGUAAAUUAUUUGAGAAACUGUUUGGUAUUUGCAAACGAAUUGGAAAUCGCUAUACCGAUGGCAGAGAAAUUGCUUUUUUCUACAACAGCAGGUGAUGCCAUUGAAGCGUGUACUUUACUUGGUACAGCGUACCAGUUUGGUGUAGCUGGGGCUGAAGUCGCUAUACGCGAUGCUUUGUCUCAAGUAUUUCAUCAGGAUCUUUCAGUACGCAAUAACGUAGCUGUAGUAUACAAAGACAUUUACUUGAGUACUAAUGAAAAAGUAUCAGACAGACAAAAAGCCCUGUUACGUGUUAAAGCUUUGAUCGAAUUAUUGAAAGGAUUGAAGCCUGGUCAAAGUCAAGCUUUGAAUAAACUUAUUUUAACGUGGUACGGUAAUAGUGAUCUAGGCAGCGAAGAAUUACAGGUUUUAUGGGGAAAGUUUUCAAUGAAAUCAUCGGAUACAGAUCCAUUAGAUAGUAGAACAGCUUUGAUGCUGAUAACGAUGAUAGGUCAAGCUCAAGAUUGUAUUUUAACUGAAAAUUUGGAUGUAUUAAUAAAAGUGGGCAUGGGGCCACGAGCAAAAACUGAUCUUCUUCUAGCCAGAGAUACAUGCAGAGCGUUGAUGAAGAUAAAAAAUAAAGGUGACGACGCUGAAAAAUCACCUAUUAGGUAUCCCAAUGAUCAUGAAAUGUUUAGAGAAAUCGUUACGUUACUAAUAGAAAAUUUUACUAACACAAAAGAAGACGGAUACGUGUCGUUCGCAACAGACGCUAUUAACGCCAUUUAUCAGUUAGCAAAUCAGCCUGCUCAUUUAAUGGAGCACGUAAUAUUAGAAGUGUGUAACCGAGGAAAAUUCAAUAAUAACGAUAAGACGCUACUCAUUCCAUCUUACUGGGUAUCGAAAUUUCUAUAUUUAGUCGGACACAUUGCAAUUAGAGAAAUGGUACAUCUGGACACGUCAGUCUACUCGGAAUUAAAGCGAAGAGAGACGAUACGAAAAUCAAGAAACACAAAGAAAUCAGAUAGAAAUAAAGGGAAUACUCGUAAAUUCAGUACCGUGAACAAAUCGUUCACUACCCCAAAUAGCGCGAGGCAGAUGAUUCGUAAUAAAGAGGCGAGCAUAGUGGAAGAUAAUGGAGAGGAAGCUGUGGAAGGAGCAGCAGACGAUGAGGAAGCAGAAUUGAUAAACAAUGUUCUUGAAAAUCAUAUUGUAACUGGAGACGGACUUCUAACAAAAUUUGUUCCGCUAGUGUUACAUGUAUGUCAAAAUCCCAAUAAGUAUAACGACGAAGAUAUGCAACAAGCUGGUACUCUUGCUCUCAGUAAAAUGAUGACAGUGAGCUCAAUAUUUUGCAAAGAAAACUUGCAGCUUUUAAUUACGAUAUUGGAACGUUCGCCGUACCCUAGAAUUCGAGCAAACGUUCUUAUCGGAAUAAUGGAUCUUGCAUCGAAAUUUCCAAAUGAAGUUGAACCAUGGAUGAAACACAUUUACGGCAGACUACGGGAUAAAGAUACCCACGUACGAAGUACCUGUGUUCGUGUUUUAUCGAGUCUUAUAAUGAGAGACAUGGUGCGUAUCAGAGGCCAGAUAUCGGAAUUAGCUCUCUGCAUAGUCGACGAAGACUUUGAAAUUCGUGAAAGUGCAAAACAAUUUUUCGGAGGAUUUUCGCAGAAAAGCAAUGCCUUGUACAAUAUAAUGCCCGACAUAUUGUCUCAAUUAACCGAUCCUAAUUUAGAUAUAAGCGAAUCGGAUUUCCGAGAGGUUCUAAAGCACAUCUUAGGUUUAUUGCAAAAGGAAAAACAAAUCGAGACUAUAAUCGAUCGAAUUUGCGUCAGAUUUCAACUGGCUACUACAGAAAGACAGUGGCGUGAUUUUUCAUACUGUCUCUCACUCUUACAAUUUGGCCCGAAAAGUAUACAACGUCUUAUCGAAUGUUUGCCUCUAUUGAAGGAGAAAAUUUACCAUCAGGAAGUUUUAAAAGCUUUGCAGAAUGUUGUGGAACAGUGCAAAAAAAAACCGAAUACAAAAGUAGCUGGUACAGAACUGGAAGAAAAAAUAGAGGAACUUCUCAAAGGUAGAACGGAGAAUGGUGAUAACGAAAUCAUGCCACCGCCACAAGCACCGGUAAAAAGAAACCGUGUUAGACGUUUAAGGCGCAAAAGUAGUAGCGAUGAAGAGGAUGACGAUGCCAAUAGUGAUCCCGAUGCAGUACCUCCUGUAACGAAACAUCUUAGGGCAACCCCGUCAACUUCAAAAAAGUUACCAAGUCGAAACAAAGACAAUAAUUCGAGUGCUGCUUCAGUAUCGAGAAAUAGAAAGUCCGUUUCAACUCCGUCGGGUACUCCGAAAAGAACUUCGGCACGUUUAUCGCAGUCGCGAACUAAACAAUAAAAUUUGCGAUUACAUUAGUAGAAUUAAUGUAUAGUUUUCUACUGUUUAAUAUAUGUCGUAUAGAGAAAGUAAAAAUAAGAGGAAAAGACGUGUAUAUUUUCACACGAUCUCGUAAAACCGAUGAGAAUGUCAAAUGUUUUGUAGAAUUAUUCUUUGUUUUAGUAGGGUGAAGAAAUUUCUUGUAAGUUACAUGCUUCCUUCUGUAAAAGACUUUGGUCUGAGAUAGAUAGGUCCAACUGUACAAAUGAACCACUUUUUUUUUGCAUGUAACGAAUCAAGAAAGUAUUACUUUCAUUUGUUUAUAAAGGUGCAGAGUUGUCUACGCAACUGCAACGGAUUUUGUGUUACAUUAAAUUGUGUCUUUCAUUAAAAUGUUCUUUCUUUA